AGAAAGCAAAGCUGGCUUCUCCCUACGUUGACGAUCGGAAACUGUUUCCUGUAAUUAGCCGACGCCAGGCCACCUGACGAUUUCGUUCGCCUUUCUCCGCCCCUUUUAUUCCCUUUAUCUUGCUUGUCUUUCACCCCUGUCUUCAACCCAUAUCAGUUUCAAGACUCAACAGAUCCCUAAUUGCUCCACCCCCUCUCAAUUCAACCCUAACUUCGAACCCUCAUUUCUCAGGCUCUUCAAUUCAACACAAUCUGUUGCCAUAAGACCUAAAAUUAUUGUUCUUUGGGUGUUUUAAACAUGGGGUUUGAUAAAGAAGCAAGUUCUUCUUCGCAUGUUCUGCAGGCACCAUCUGGGCUCCCAAGAGAGGAUACCCCACUGUUGGGCACGCGCCGACUCUCCUCCCAGUCCAAGACCUUUGCCAACGUCUUCAUCGCCAUAGUUGGUGCUGGUGUGCUUGGUCUCCCUUAUACGUUCAAGAAAACAGGCUGGCUGAUGGGUUCCCUCAUGCUCUUUGUUGUCGCCUUCCUUACCUACCACUGCAUGAUGCUCCUGGUUUACACUCGCCGCAGGCUGGAGUCCCACCAGGGCUUUUCCAAGAUUAACUCUUUUGGUGAUCUUGGGUUUGCCGUUUGUGGCCCCAUCGGACGUGGUGCCGUUGAUGCGAUGAUAGUGCUUUCUCAAGCUGGGUUCUGUGUGAGCUAUCUGAUUUUCAUUGCCAACACCCUGGCUUUUAUUUAUAGUUUUGAUCACAAGAUUCUUGGUUUGAGCCCGAAGGCUCUGUAUUUAUGGGGUUGUUUUCCUUUCCAAUUGGGAUUGUCUUCAAUUCCAACACUGACCAUGUUGGCUCCUUUGAGUAUCUUUGCCGAUGUAGUGGAUCUGGGAGCCAUGGGAGUGGUGAUGGUGGAGGAUGUUCUGGCUUUCUUGAAGAGUAGACCUGUUUUGCAGGCUUUUGGUGGUUUCUCUGUUUUCUUUUAUGGCCUUGGUGUAGCUGUGUAUUCUUUUGAAGGAAUUGGCAUGGUUUUACCCCUAGAAUUGGAGGCAAAACACAAGGACAAGUUUGGGAGAGUUCUAGCCUAUUCCAUGGCAUUCAUUUCUUUACUCUAUGGAGGAUUUGGGAUUCUGGGCUACCUUGCUUUUGGUGAAGAAACCAAUGACAUAAUCACAACCAAUCUUGGAACAGGAUGGAUCAGCAUUGUGGUCCAGUUCGGCCUUUGUAUCAACUUGUUCUUCACAUUCCCUCUGAUGAUGAACCCGGUUUACGAGGUGGCGGAGCGACGGUUCUGUGAUUCACGGUUCUGCCUGUGGCUGAGGUGGGUGGUUGUUCUUCUGGUGAGCCUGGUGGCUCUUCUGGUGCCUAAUUUUGCAGAUUUCCUGUCCCUUGUGGGGAGCAGUGUGUGUUGUUUGCUGGGGUUUGUGCUGCCUGCUGCCUUCCAUUUGAUUGUAUUCAAGGAUCAAUUAAGCUUCAAAGUUUUGACUCUGGAUGUGAUUAUUGUGAUACUGGGUUUGGUCAUGGCUAUCUCAGGAACUUGGAGUUCUGUGCUGGAAAUUUUCGCAUCUAAAGCCAAAUUAACUUGAUAAAUUUUCAAUCAAAAGAAUCAGACUUUACAAUAAUGUAAUCUGUGUACUUAUGCACAAGAUAUUAUGCUGUAAUCUCUCGAAAUAGAUUUCCUUCUAUCUGUAUUUUGUAUAAUUUCAAGUGCAGAAAUAUUUUUCUACUCUCUCUAAGAUGGUUGUAGAAUUAUACAGGAAAAUAUAAUAAAUGUCUGUAUCCUGU